AUGUACGGCCACUGGCUCUCUCAUAAUGUCAGCUUCGUUGACCCCUGCUUCGCUUAUAGGCUGAAGGGAAACGAAUCCGACCAAGAUUAUGUCAAGCGACUGGCAGAUCAACUUGAGGCAGAGAUUCUCCGUAUUGGACCCGAGAACGUUUCUGCAUUUGUGGCUGAGACUGUCAGUGGAACUACUCUAGGUUGCCUUCCUGCUGUACCUGGAUACUUUAAAGCUGUCCGAGAGAUUUGUGACAGACAUGAUGUCCUCUUGAUCGUGGAUGAAAUCAUGUGCGGCAAAGCUCUUGGUGGGGGGUUUGUUCCCCUGUCUGGCGUGUUGCUUCGCAAUAAGAUAUUCGACGCCCUCGCAGACGGAUCUCAGGGAUUAGCCCAUGGACACACAUUACAGGCUGACCCGGUCGCUUGCGCUGCAGCCCUCGAGGCUCAACGCAUCAUUCGUGAUGAAGAUCUUCUCACUAACGCCCGAGAAAUGGGUAAGGUCUUGGAGAGGCUCCUGAGAACAAAUCUUGGACAUAUGGAAUAUGUCGGCGAUAUCCGUGGGCGUGGUCUUUUUUGGGCCGUUGAGUUCGUUCAGGAUCGUGGCACCAAAACACCCUUCCCGGCAGAUAUGAGACUGUGUCACCAGAUUGUCGACAAAGCGCUUGAUCUGGGCUUGAAUAUUUUGGGAAACCUGGGUGAAACUGGAGACAUCCAUGUUGAUCAUGCCAUAAUGUCUCCCCCAUAUGUGGUAACUGAGUCUGAGCUGGGACGGAUGGUCGGCAUUCUAAGGGAAUCUAUUCAGACUGUAAUGUCUGAGGUUAUUGAUAUUCAAGGGGCGUGA